GAUUCUCUCAUUUCAUUGCACAAGAAGACCUGAUGUGAUCCGAGAGGGAUAAUAGCAUAUGAAUGUGAGGUAAAAUAUAUGAGCAAAGUUGUGGCCAUUGUUCUCCCGGUAAUAUUUACACUCUUUAACUGCAGUAAAUGCAACUGUUGAGUAUUCGCUUGAACUCUGUAACACUGAGGAUUUCGCAGUUUUUCGGUUAUAUGAACGUGUCCAUUUCUGGCUUGUACUUUCUGGCAGGUUCAGUUCCUGUGCCUCCGUUGCUUACAGUUGUUACAAUGAGAAGAACUGCAGCUUUGAAAUCUGUGAGAGUAUUAUUGUCUGCACAGACAAGAGAUCUAUAUUUUAGGAAACAGUACUCUUCCUUACACGAUGCAAGACAGAGAGAAUUAAUGGCAAAAGGACUUCCCAAAAGAAAGGCAAUACCAGGUGUGAAGCAAAUUCUCGUUGUAGCUUCAGGCAAGGGUGGUGUCGGCAAGUCUACAGUUGCUGUUAACAUUGCUGUUGGGAUAAAAUGUGUGGAACCACAGAAGGAGGUUGCCUUGCUGGAUGCCGACGUACAUGGACCUUCAGUGCCUUUGAUGAUGAACUUGCAUGAACGACCACUAUUGACAGAAGAUGGUUAUUUCAUACCUCUCAUGAACCAUGGUGUCAAAUGUAUGUCAUCCGGUUUCUUGGCAGAUGAAAAGUCACCUUUUGUGUGGCGGGGCCCGAUGGUUAUGAGUGCCAUACAGCGUUUGCUUCGUGGUGUUGCGUGGGGUUCGGUAGAUUAUCUUAUUAUCGAUACACCACCUGGCACUGGUGAUGCACAUCUAUCACUGAUUCAGAAUGUACCGGUUUCUGGUGUUGUCUUGGUGACUACACCUCAGACUGCUGCUGUGCAGGUGACAGAGAGGGGUGCUCAGUUGUUUAAGAAACUUGAAGUGCCAAUAUGUGGUAUUGUUGAGAAUAUGGCAUCAGUUGUUUGUACAAAUUGUCACUCCCAUGUUCCACUCUGGGGUAGAAAUAACAAAGCUGCAGAAGUGGCAAGUGAUCUUGGAACUGAAUUGCUUUGCAGUGUGCCCUUGUCACCUUCGAUAGCAGAAUGUACAGACUUUGGUGCACCCAUUGUCAUUAGUCACCCUGACAGUGAACAAGGUUCUACUUUCAUUAUGUUGGCCAAGAAGAUCUCAGCUUUCCUCAGUACAUCUGAACAUAAACAAGAAUAAUGGUAUGCAGUUGAUGAGGCUGAUUUUCAUAAAAAGAUUAUUAUACGCAGUUGACGAGGCUGAUUUUUAUAGAAAGAUAAUAUGUUCAUGCACUGUCAUAAAAGGUUGUAAACUGUGGUGCAUUUGUAAGAUUUGGUUU